UCGGAGCUGUCAGAGAUUUGAAAAAAAAAAAAAAAAAGGAAAAGAAAAAAAAAAAAAAAAAAAGCCCAGGCGCGGUGGCGGAGACAUUCUCUCCCUGCAAAAAAAGCAAAGGCGAUUAAAGGCGCUGCCAACCUCGAGCUGUGGGCAAAGCUGAGCAUGACACUUGGGGAAGUCAAACCCCUCACUAUUGCUUAGGAGGAUGGCUAGAUUUUAAGGACUAGAUUUUUUUUUUCCCUUUAAGAAAAAAUAUUUUAUUUGGGGGAGCUCUUCCUGGUGUGGCUUUCCUUCCUUAAAAACAACAACAACAACAACAAACAAACAAAAUCAAAAACUGAAUCUGGUUGCAAAAAGAAAUAGCCAAGUGUCUUCAUUUCGGGAUAUCUGCAAAUUAGAGAGGAAAACAUCUGCUCGGUAAAAGAGAGAUUCGAGACAAGCGUCUGAUCUUUUCCCCUCUCUUCUUUUUCUUCUCCUUUCUCUUCUCUUCCUCUUUUUCUUCUUCUUCUUCUUCCUCUCUUUCUUUCCUCCCCGCACCCCCACCGGCCACUGGCAAAGUGGGGUGGAGAGAGAAGCGGGGGGGAGGGGGAAGGAAGCCGCGUCCGGGGCGGCGGGGCGGCUGAGUAUGGAAGAGCAGCAGCCGGAGCAUAACAGUCAGCGCGACUCCACCGUAGGCACUGCGAGCCACAGCAGCAGCAGCGGCAGCAGCAGCAGCAGCAGCGGCGGCAGCAGCAGUAGUGGCAGCAGCAGCAACAGCAACUGCAGCAGCAGCAGCGGGAGCAGCAGCAGCGGCAGCGAUGGAGACAGCGUGCCAGUGUCCCCGCAGCAAGCUCCUUCCUCUCCUGCAGCACCCUGCCUCCAGCCUCUACCCCAUCACCACCAUCAUCACCACCACCAUCACCACCACCAUCAUCACCAGCCCCCGCCGCCGCCACAGCCGAUGCCAGCGCCUCCUCACCAGCCGCCCCCGCCGCCGCCGCCGCCGCCGCCGCCGCCCCAGCAGCAUCGCACCACCAACUUUUUCAUAGACAACAUUCUAAGGCCAGACUUUGGUUGCAAGAAGGAGCAGCAGCAGCAACAGCAGCUCUUAGUUGGAACGGGAGGAGGAGGAAGUGGAGGUACUGCUGUUUCUGGUAGUGGUGGUAGUGGAGGAGGAGGAGGUGGUGGAGGAGGAGGAGGAGGAGGAAGCCGGGCAGAGAGAGACAGAGGCCAGACAGCCGCAGGUAGAGACCCGGCCAAUCCUCUGGGCACGCGGCCGGCCAACCCGGCUUCACUUCUCUGCUCGGCAGAUGCGAACUGUGUGACGCCCGACGGCUCUGCGCCGGCUCCAGCCGCGGCAGCUUCCAAAGCCAACCCAGCGGCCGCGGCCGCUGCUGCUGCUGCCGCGGCGGCGGCCGUGGCGGCGGCAGCGGCUGCAGCAGCCGCUGCAUCCAAGCCUUCGGAAGGCAGCGGGGGAAGUCCUGGAGCAACCGGCGCUAAAUACGGGGAACAUGGGAACCCAGCUAUUCUACUCAUGGGCUCGGCCAACGGCGGACCCGUUGUUAAAACUGACUCGCAGCAACCGCUAGUCUGGCCCGCUUGGGUCUACUGUACUCGUUACUCGGACCGCCCAUCUUCUGGUCCCCGCACCAGGAAGCUGAAAAAGAAGAAGAACGAGAAGGAGGACAAGCGGCCACGGACGGCGUUCACCGCAGAGCAGCUGCAGAGACUUAAGGCGGAGUUCCAGGCGAACCGCUACAUCACCGAGCAACGCCGGCAGACCCUGGCCCAGGAGCUCAGCCUCAAUGAGUCCCAAAUCAAAAUCUGGUUCCAGAACAAACGGGCUAAGAUCAAGAAGGCCACGGGCAUUAAGAACGGCCUGGCUCUGCACCUCAUGGCCCAAGGAUUGUACAACCAUUCCACGACCACCGUACAGGACAAAGAGGAGAGCGAGUAGCCGCUUCCCCCUUCUCCCUCCACCCCCAUCUCUUGCUUCGCGCUGGCUCCUGACACCCUCCCAUCCCUAUCCUCUCCUCGUUCCCUUCCUCUGGCUCAAACGAUUUUUUUUUCCCAGUGAAAAAAUAAUAAACAAAAGAAAAGGGGAAAAGACUUCGAACGACAAAGUCAUGUUGAAAGAAAAAUUUUUUUUUAAAAAGAGAGACUCGGACAGGUGCUAUCGAAAUCAGAUCUAUUCUCUAUUAAUAGUAUAAGGGACGAAAAUGCGAACACUUAAAUCUCUAUAUAGCCAAACAGCUUACGACCUUGUAUAUAUUUAAUUUCAGGUAAGGGAAAAAAUAUGUGUAGCGAUCUCUAUUUGCUGGACAUUUUAUUAAUCUUCUUUAUUAUUAUUAUUGUUAUAAUUAUUAUAAUAAUUAUUAUUAUUUUAUCCCUUCCCCUCUCCCCGUUUCGUUUGCGUUCCGAUUUUCUUUUGAAUGUGGUCGCUUCUCGGUCCUCCCUCUCUUCCCACUCCUCCACCUUUCUUCACUAUUUCUCUGCCUAUCUUGGACUUUUCUUUGUGUGUGUGUGUGUGUGUGUGUGUGUG